CUUACCUGAGAGCACCUGGUAGAGAGGCACAUCGUAUCACUAGGACAACAUUUGUCGCCACUGCCAUAGACACGAUGACUCGGAGCAACUCGGACCAAUCACUGUCGACUGGUUUCAACAUGGCGGCGCCCGUAUCAGGAAGCCACGGUGAGGGAUUCUGCUUUGUUUCGCGAGAGCCGGAGGUAAUGCAUUGUGACGUCACACCUCAAUUGGUCCAUUAUUUUACAGCCUAUGGCCUUUAAUAAAGAGGAGACCAGGAGAAGAGAACCCUGAGCAGCUAAAGCUCACAGAUUCUGUGUCUAUAUAGCCCCACAAAGUUUUUCAUGUUGGAGAUGCUCUGAACUUUAGUCAGGUGUGUCUUUGUUCAAAGAUAUCAUCAGGAUGAAAUUGUUAACCUGCAUUUAUGGUGAUUUCAGCUGAUAUUUUCCCCUCAGCCAGCAGUGUUUGCAUUCCAGGGAGAGAUUGACAAAGAGUCUAUUGACAGGACUUUGCUGUGUGAAAGUUAGAAGGUGGGCGUGUUGGAAACACUUCCUCUAACCUGAACACAGCUGAUUCCUGACGCAGAGGAAAGCUUUGCAUGAAUGAAUGUUACACUGAAAAGCCCACAAAUGUGAGCAGAGGUCCAGAAGAACAGGCAGCUUCCAGAGGAGUAACAGCUUUCAAAGGAGAGAAAAGCUUCCAGAGGAGUAACAGCUUUCAAAGGAGAGAAAAGCUUCCAGAGGAGAGAACAGCUUCCAGAGGAGAUAACAGCCACAGGUCUUCAGGAAAAAAGACUUCAACUGAGAUGGAGGUCUAUACUGUAACCGUGGCAACUGGAACAUCAGAAUAUUCGGGCACCAACAACUACAUCUAUGUGACCUUGGUUGGGGAGAAUGGGGAGAGCAAGCGCACCCUGCUAGACAACCCGGGCCUGGACUUCCGCCGAGGAGCUGUUGAUCAGUAUAAAGUGGCCAGUCCCUCAGCGUUGGGCUCAGUCAUGCUGGUCCGGCUGGAGAAGCAAAGGUACUGGGUUGAAGAUAACUGGUUCUGUCGCUACGUCACUGUGGAGCCUGAAGAUGGAGGAAAAAUGCAGAUCUUCCCUUGUUACCGUUGGUUUGUUGGAGAUUCCAAGAUAGAGAUCAGAGAAGGAAAAGCAACAACAGUGAAGGACGACACCUCUCCAAAGCUGCUAGAACACAGGAAGAAGGAGCUGCAGGAGCGACGGGAGACCUACAGAUGGAUCACUUGGGCUGCGGGGAUUCCCAGAUGCAUCGAUGCCAAAACAGAAGCUGAUUUGCCACAAGAUGCCCGAUUUGAGAAUGAGAAGAGGAGCGAUUUUGAGCAUUCUCUGCACUAUGCUUUGCUCGAGUUGUCCCUGAAGAAGUUCACCAUCAGGUUUGGGAAAUCCUGGAACGACCUGGAGGAUUUCAAACGGAUCUUCUGGAAGCUGCGAAGCCCCAUAGCAGAGUACUGCAUGGAUCACUGGAAGGAGGACUGGCUGUUUGGUUACCAGUGCCUGAACGGCUCCAACCCACGGAUGAUACAGAGGUGCCAAAAGCUGCCCGACAACUUCCCGGUGACUGCAGGCAUGGUGCAAAGCUCCAUGGCAGAUGGGACCACCCUAAACAAAGAGCUUAAGGCCGGCAACAUCUACCUGUUGGACUACGCCAUCAUGGAGGGAAUCCCCACCAACACCAUCAAGGGUAAACCCCAGUUCAUCGCUGCUCCGCUCUGCCUCCUGUACCAACACCCUGAUGAUGGACUCAUACCUAUAGCCAUACAGCUGGAGCAGACUCCAGGUUUGGACACGCCCAUCUUCCUGCCCUCAGACCCGCCCCUGGCGUGGCUGCUGGCUAAGAUGUGGGUGCGUCACGCUGAGUUCCAGGUUUUCCAGCUGCUUUCUCACCUGCUGAGGACUCACCUGGUGGUCGAGGUGUUCUGUGUAGCGACUCUGAGACAGCUACCGGCUGUGCACCCCAUUUACAAGCUCCUGGCUCCUCAUCAGCGCUACACUUUAGAGAUCAACUGCAGGGGGCGCACUCAGCUCCUCUCUGAGACUGGCAUCUUCAAACGGGUGGUGUCCACAGGUGGAGAAGGCUUGUUGGUUCUGGCCCAAAGAGAAUACAAGGUGUUGACCUACAGAUCUCUUCAGCCCCGAUUUGACUUCAUUGACAGAGGAGUGACGCAAAUCCCCAACUACUUCUACAGAGAUCACAGCCUGAUGCUGUGGGAUGCCAUCCACAGUUUUGUCACAGGAAUGGUGGACCUGUACUAUCCAACAGACCAGGAUGUGCAGAAGGACGCGGAGCUGCAAGCCUGGAUCAGAGACGUCACGCAGGAGGGCUUCACGCAGCUGCCCAACUUCGGCCUGAAGAGUAAGCUCAGCAGCAGAGAGGAGCUCUCCACUCUCCUGGCAGUGGUCAUCUUCACCCCCACAGCUCAGCACGCCGCAACCAACAACGGACAGUUUGACUGGUGUGCCUGGGUGCCCAACACGCCCUGCACCAUGAGACUCCCGCCACCCACAGACAAAGAUGCCGUCACCAUGGAGAUGAUCAUGGCCACCCUUCCCGACGUCAGCCAGUCCUGUGUGCAAAUGGCCAUCACAUGGCAUCUGGGUCGGGCUCAACCUGACGCUAUUCCUUUGGGUCAGUACCCGGAGCAGCACUUCACGGAGAGGCGGGCUCUGGAGAUGAUUGACAGCUUCAGAAAGGAGCUGAAGAAGAUCGAGGAGCAAAUCCUGGACCAGAACGCAGGACUGGACCUGCAGUACCUUUUCCUCCUGCCCAGCCGCAUUGAAAACAGCAUCACCAUUUAGGGUGAUUGAUCUAAGGCCCCCUGCUGGGCCUUUUGAUGAACUGCAGUCUGUCCCUUCACUUUAUAUGGAGAAAACGUUUAUUUCAGAAAAAAAACUAAAGAAACAUUUAUGAAGAUAAGUCUACUUAAAAAACUGUUUUAACAAAACUAAAUGUUUAUUUUUUUCUGUAAUGUUGUGUGCCUCUGAAAUACAUUGUAUAAUUUUUUACAUUGUUUUUAAAUUGUUGAAUGUGUUUUUUGGUGGUGGUACAUGGCAAAUUCUGGAUCAGUUAUGAAAACAAAACAUAAUUCUGUGGCAAAUUAAAAAAAAAAGUCAGGACUUUUUAAAAGUUCAUAUAUUUCUAUUGGCUUUUAUACUUUCAUUGGAUUUGAAAUGUUUGCAUUAAUGUGCUGCGGUGUUGGUAAAUGUUUGAGAGCCUCUACAGUCUGUUUUCUUUGCAAAGCUCAGACAGUUUUGAGUUUAAGACUCUUUAAAGGCCUGUCAUAAAAUGACUGUUCAAAGUGCA